CGCGUUUCAUUGACCUAUCGGACUGUCUGCCCUGUGACUGAUAACUUCUUCUGCUGUCAAACCCACUUUCCUUAGCUACCUCAAUCACCACCCACUGCUGUCUCGUCAACGCAGGCUGUGAGAGACAGGCUCAUUCGCAAUGGCGACACCAAUGGAGGCUUCCAGCGACGCUGGAUUUAUGACAUCGGAUGGACCCUCGAGAAACCCACGGCCACGCCAAGGUCCCAGUUCCUCGAGCGGGCGGCCUGGUGCGCCGCCUUCUGAGAGCCUCGGUGGGCUUAGUGACGGGGAAGGUGAAGGGUUUGCCGACGAUCAGGUUCCUGUCCGUGCCAGACCUACGGAUCCCGCCAGUAUCCCCAGGGUCGAGGACAAGAUCGGCCUCAUCAUCCAGGAGCAUUUUGAGGCCUUCAUUGAAGGGUACGUUGAGGUUCCCAUGGCUUCCGGGCAGCCGACAUCAAGCGCUGUGACGACCGACAAAUACUACGUCGCCCAGAUCCACGGCAUGCGAACGCACCAAUUGUCAACCUUCUACGUGGACUACAAGCACCUCGAGAUCUGGAACAAUGGAUCCCUGGCCUCGGCCGUUAUGGAGGCAUACUACCGCUUCCUGCCGUUUCUCACGGCUGCGCUGCACAAUAUGAUUGCCAAGUACGAACCUCGGUAUUUCCGGGAGCAUCGCCAGCCGACCUCCUCUAGCCAGCACCACACAUCAAGCGGCAGCAACAUGGGCUCAGCGAGUCAGAGCGAGCUCAGCAGCAAGACGGCCAACCAGCAGACCGAUAAGCUGUUCGCUAUUGCCUUCUACAACCUGCCCCUGGUUUCGCGUGUGCGCGCGUUGCGAGCUAGAAAUGUCGGGCAGCUGCUCUCCAUCAGCGGCACCGUCACAAGGACAUCCGAAGUCCGGCCCGAGCUGGCUCUGGCCACUUUUGUCUGCGAGGCCUGCUUCAGCGUGGUUCCUGACGUGGAACAGACCUUCCGCUACACGGAACCGACUCAAUGCCCCAACGCUACGUGCCAAAACCGAACCGCAUGGCGGCUCGACAUCCGGCGGAGCACCUUUGUCGACUGGCAGAAGGUGCGCAUCCAGGAGAACAGCAAUGAGAUCCCCACAGGGAGCAUGCCUCGGACCAUGGACGUCAUCCUUCGCGGCGAGUUGGUUGACCGGGCAAAGGCGGGAGAGAAAUGCAUCUUCACGGGCGCCUUGAUCGUCGUUCCGGACGUCAGCCAGCUUGGUCUGCCUGGUCUUCGCAGGGUGGCCGUCCGAGACGACCGCGGAGCCGAUGCGGGGGGCAGCGGCGUGACUGGGCUCAAAGCCCUCGGCGUUCGCGACCUGACCUAUCGUCUGGCUUUCCUCGCGUGCAUGGUGACUCCGGAUGUGUCGUCCAUUGGUGCGUCCGGCGAGGCACAGAUUGUCGACAUCAUUGGGUCUCUGACCGGGAGUGCCGCCGUUGAGACCGCCGAGACCAUCAAGGAGCUCCAGGAUGCAGUGCUGACGUCGUACACACAAGACGAGAUCCACGACCUCCGUGCCAUGGUGCACAGCGACCAUAUCUACGCAAGGCUGGUGCAGUCGCUCGCGCCGAUGGUGUACGGUCACGAAAUCGUCAAGAAGGGUCUGCUGCUGCAGUUGCUCGGCGGUGUGAGUAAAAACACGGCAGAGGGGAUGCAGCUCCGCGGUGAUAUCAACGUCUGCAUCGUCGGCGACCCUUCGACAUCCAAGUCGCAGUUCCUCAAAUAUAUCUGCAACUUCGCACCCCGGGCCGUCUACACCUCGGGCAAGGCGUCAUCCGCUGCCGGUCUCACCGCGGCUGUGGUCAAGGACGAGGAGACGGGCGAGUUCACCAUCGAGGCGGGCGCACUUAUGCUCGCCGACAACGGCAUCUGCUGCAUUGACGAGUUCGACAAGAUGGACAUUGCCGACCAGGUAGCCAUCCACGAAGCCAUGGAGCAGCAGACCAUAUCCAUCGCCAAGGCGGGCAUCCAGGCGACACUCAACGCGCGGACGUCGAUCCUGGCGGCCGCAAACCCCGUCGGCGGGCGGUACAAUCGGAAGACAACGCUGCGGGCCAACAUCAACAUGAGCGCUCCCAUCAUGUCGCGGUUCGACCUCUUUUUCGUCAUUCUGGACGAGUGCAACGAGCAAGUCGACCGCCACCUAGCCGAGCACAUUGUCGGCAUCCACCAGAUGCGCGACGCGGCCGUGACGCCCGAGUUCUCGACCGAGCAGCUGCAGCGGUACAUACGCUUCGCGCGCACCUUCCGGCCCGAGUUCACCGACGAGGCCAAGGAGGUGCUGGUGCAGCGGUACAAGGACCUGCGCGCCGACGACGCCCAGGGCGGCGUCGGCAGGAACAGCUACCGCAUCACGGUCCGUCAGCUUGAGAGCAUGAUCCGCCUGUCCGAGGCCAUCGCCAAGGCCAAUUGUGUGGAGGAUAUCACGCCGGAUUUUGUCAAUGAGGCGUACAACCUGCUCCGGCAGAGCAUCAUCUCUGUUGAGCACGACGACGUCGAUGUAGAUGACGAGGAUGAGGACUUGAACGGCGCGACUGCUGAUGCCCCCGCUGCCGCCGCCGCCGACGCGGAUGGCGACUCCCCAAUGGCCGAGGACGGCGAGCAAGCCGACCGUCAACGGUCGCGGUCGGCUGCGCCCCAACAGCGGGAGAAGCAGACCAUCUCGUACGACAAGUACAUCAGCAUUGUCAAUAUGUUGGUGUCGCGUGUCGCCGAGGACGAGGCGACGGGCAGCGGGGAGGGUAUCGAGGGCGGUGCGUUGGUGGAAUGGUAUCUUGAGCAGAAGGAAGAUGAGCUUCAGAGCGAGGAGGACUACAAUGCCGAGAUGGCACUGGCGAAGAAAGUGCUGAAGAAGAUGGUCAAGGACAACAUACUCAUGGCCAUCCGCGGGCAAGGCCUAGCAGCCGGGGAUGACAAUGCUGGGGAGGGCAGUUCGGCACAGGCGGCGCGGGUUGUCUACGUGGUGCACCCGAAUUGCGCGCUAGAGGAGUACUGAGAUGGGAAUGGUAAUGUAUCCGUAUAGACGGGGGACAUACAAAUGGGUUAUUUAGUACGGCAUUGCUAGUCAGCAAACGGGCGUAACUAUGGGUCUGUUUUCGUUAUGGUUACGGUCUGAAACGGGGUGUUUACACACUGGAUCUGGGACGGAAGACGGAGUAUGGCGAAGUGUGCGAAUACUUUUGGUCUGUUGGGAUUUUGUUGGUAUAAGAAGUUUAAUGCUUUCGCAUCCUUGGGCGAAGAAUCGAGAUGCUCCGCCUGUUUCCGUUCGCAUUUACCAUCGCACAACAUAGGUAUCAUCAUGGCGCCCUGAGUACGGCCCCCGGGAACACAACCGGUCU